UAAAGUCAGAUUUGUGAAAAGAUUAAAUGUUGGAAAUAAAUAAUUUAAUAAAAUAGAAAAAAAUGUCUACAAAAAAUAGAUUAGGCACAAAGUUCAAGCAAGCAAUUGGAGCUUCAGCAAAUACUAGAUUUAGUUUAAUAUUAUAUGUGGCUUUGGCUUUAGUUCGAAUAAUCUUAACCUGUUUACCACAAUUAGGUUAUAUUCAUCCUGAUGAAUAUUUUCAAUCACUAGAAGUAAUUGCAGGCAGUGUUCUAGAUAUCGACAGCAUUCGAACAUGGGAUUUCAAUGCUACAUUUCCAAUACGAUGCAUAACAUUCCCUUACCUCACUAUUGGCAUUCCUUUAAAAUUCCUUAAUUUCCUAUCAUACAAUUUAUUUUAUUAUUUUAAUAUAAACAUCAAAGGACCUUAUACAGUAUUAGUAUUUCCUCGGCUCUUCAUUUGCCUUCUAUCAUUUAUUGUAGAUUACUGCCUAUAUAAAAUUUGUAUUAUUUAUGGUCAAAAUUAUAAAACUAGAUUGUGUGUUCUAGCUAGUUCUUUUGUAAUGAUAGUUUUUGGUACACACACUUUUUCUAAUACCUUGGAAAUGGUAUUUAUUUCUAUUUUAUUAUAUUGCGUGGCUGAAUGUAUGUUUUACUCGGAUAACAUAAUUUAUCAGAAGGAGUUUUUAAUUGAUAAAUACAACAAAGCUUUUAUUACUGUAGAUAAAGUUAAAUUUCAUAAGUUAAAAUUAAUGCUACCUGAUCACACACUGCGCAAGUGUUUGCCUAUUAGUACAAUAUGUGUAUUAGGAAUAUUUAAUAGACCUACGUUUAUCUGUUUUGGAUUUUUUCCAGUAUUUUUUUGGCUUUUAAGAGGCUUAGGUACCAAAACAGUUACGAUGUAUGAUUUUAAUUUGCGAAUUUUUUCAUUAAUAUUAUCUGGAUUACCAACUUUAAUUUUAUUGAUAGUCAUUGAUUCGUUUUAUUAUAUGUAUAUAACUAUGGCAGAAGUAGAAAAACUAGAUAUAUCAAUUAAUAGUUUUGUUGUUACACCUUUAAAUUUUGUGAAAUACAAUCUACAAAGCAGUAAUUUAAAAGAACAUGGUAUACAUCCUAUGUGGCUACAUAUUAUUGUUAAUAUUCCCUUAUUAUUUAAUGUAUUGGGAAUCUAUGGAGUAUAUAAGUUUACAACAAUAAUGUACAGAUUAUUUCGAGGACGAUACACACAAAUACCUCGGAUUCAAAGCAUUGUUGGCCUAAUGACUGCUUGCUUCAUGGGUCCUAUUAUUUUACUUUCAUUUAUAAAACAUCAGGAACCGAGAUUUUUGAUUCCGGUUAUACUUCCAUUGGUUUUUCUGCAUUCUCAAAAAAUUCAACAUCCAGCAGAAGUUUCACAAAAUAAGAUAAAAGAUAAGCAGCAUUCUGUUCUAUUAAGAAUUUGGUAUACUGUAAAUAUUAUCUGCAUAGUGUUCUUCGGUUUUAUUCAUCAGGGUGGCAUCUACCCUUUAGCAGAUUAUAUUUCAAAUGCCUUAACAUUAAAGCCCCAACAAAGUUCUGUUCAUUUGGUAACCAGCCAUUUAUUUAUGUUUCCUGAAUCAUUACUUUUAAUACCUGACAGUAAACGGUUAAGAAAAAAUUAUGAUACUGGUCAAAAAUAUAGAAUAGGUAGGCAAUUCCAUUCCUAUGAAAUGGGUUCUGCAUCCAUAGACAAAGUGGUGGAUAAAAUCAAUGCCAUAUAUACAGUAUCACAAAUUAAAUAUGAAAAGACUAAUAUUUAUAAUAUCAUAUAUUUAGCAAUUCCUUCUUCAUUGAUUAAUGAACUUGAUAGUGUUAUUAAUAUGAGGAAAAAUGUUCCAUUUGUACUAAAUGAAAUGAAGCAUUUUUAUUCACAUAUCAGUGUAGAAGCAUUGCCAAGGAUUUCUAUUUAUGAAAAUUGUUCUAGUCAUAUAGAUAAUACAGAAUAUUGCACUUCGGAUAAUAUCACCAAAUCACCAAAAAAGUUUUUUUCUGAUAUUAUUGAUCAGAUUGGUUUAACUCUGUAUCGAGUUCAAAAAAGAACUUGA